AUGGAUUUCAAUCAUGUGGAGAGGUGCAAGGACUCCCUGUACAUGGGGACGCCACCGCGGGGCUUCAUGGACCCAAAGCUGAAGAAGAUCUGCCAAAAAUACGCAGACAGACCUCGCUACGUGACCCUGUACGACCCUGAGAAGAGGAUUCCAGUUUACUCAGCCUAUACCUUCAAGAAGACAGAGGGGGACAGACGGGUGGACUACUCUUGGAUGUAUGAGCCACAGCUGGCAGAAACGGAUGGCAACGGGAACAUGCUGCCCUUCCCAACAGACUACCUGCACAUGAAGUUUGAGGACAGCCAGGCAGUCCUGGACGACUACUCUGACGUGGUCCUCUACGAGAGAGCCCACCUGAACCCUGACCAGCACCAGUCCAGCCCCCACGACCGUGCCGCCACCUACACCCUGACCAACGUGGUCCCAGAAAUUCGCGAGUUCAACAUUGGGCCUUGGCGCGAGUACGUGGAGCGAAUCCGAAUCCGCCUCAACAACUUCUGCCGUGGCACAGCCUACAUCGUGACCGGGGUGACCACCAGGGGGAACAUGAUCUAUCGAAACAACCAGGGCCGCGUGGCUAUUCCCGAGGACGUGUGGUCGGCCUACUGCUGCACCGAGUACGACCGGAACUCACCGCACGACGUCCGCAUCCGCUUCCCGUCCCACGCGGCCCUGGCUAAAAAUGCCAGAGAGGGCAACGGUGUGCACGAGAUGACGGUGCAGGAGCUGGAGAUCUUUCUGAAAAGCAAAUUGGACGUUGAUCAGAACCUUCAGCUCUUUUAUGACAACUGCAUUUCUCCAUCACCACUUCCUGUCUUCCUGCAACACACCAUCUGA